AUGCUGGGAGCAAAUUUACGUGCAUCGCGGAGAGGUCGUACGGGAUGCCUGACAUGUCGACGCCGGCAUUUGAAAUGCGAUGAAGAAUUCAAGCCAGACUGCGGUCGCUGUCGCCGGAGUGGUCGAGAAUGCGUGCCAGAUGAUCUGCUCACAUUCCGCAACAGCCAAAAGGUCGCCGCGAGGGGACAACUUAAUGCUCCUUCCAGCCCGAUCAAGAAGCUACGCGUCCACAGAGAUACACACGAUGUCUUUGGGGACCAGCAGAAAUGGGUGGAUACACCUCCGGUGAUAUCCUUUAUCGAUGAGACAGCUCACGUGGACGCUGAAUAUCGACACCAUCAACUACGUUACAAGAAUACAGUGGGCGAUUCUCUGAUAACUGAAGAUGCCGAGGUGUUGGCUCAAGACGACAACAUCGGGAAUUUCGCACCCAUAACGACCGAGGACGGCGCCGACGGUCCUGGCAAGCAAACCCAAGGCCAGAACCAACCUGUGCCAACCCCACCAUAUCUUCAGCAAUCCUCCUUUCUCGUCCAAAACAGACCGUCAACUUCGACUUCACAAGAUGUGCAUGAGCACCUCGUGGAUAGCGAUCCCUCCGAUCCCGUUGAUGUCACACAAUCAAUCUCUCAUCCCUCGUACCCGGCAUUCAUAUCUCCUGUUGCUUCCCAUUCCAGCCUUGUUGUGAGGCCAGUUCCCAAUUUAAGUAGCCAUAGCAUUUCGUCCGAAGCUUCACGGCUUCAGCUCUAUGGUCCCAGAAUGCCGCUGCCGUUCCACGAUGCUCAGGAAGCCAUGCUCUUCCAACAUUACAUGGAAUCACUAGCCGGCCAGCUCGAUAUCACGGACAUGCAACGCCACUUCGCUGUAGAUGUGCCAGAGCGUGCCCUGUUCUGUCCUGUACUGCUCGAGGCCCUACUAGCGUUUUCUGCUCAACAUCUCAGCCGGACCUCAGACUUCGAGCCUACCAUCGCCGAACGCCAUCACCAGGCUUGCGUACGGCUUAUGAUACCGAUGCUUGACCAGAAGGAGUUAGUCGCUGAUGAGACUCUAUUCGCAGCAACAGUCAUCCUCAGAGCCUUUGAAGAAACAAGCGAGUCGAACAUGGGCUCUGAGCCAGAGCGCCAUCUGACGGGUACAUCAGUCUUCGCAAACGCUCAGCUUGAAUUUCAAACUUGGGGAGGAUUGGGACACAAUGCUUUCUGGAUCUACGUUCGUCAGUGCAUCUACAUGUCACUCUUGACACAGACACAGCUCAAGGUUGAUCUGGAAGGCUGGGAAGAGCAAUUGAGUUUCGACCUAGGCUUCGAUGAGACAAAUGAUUGCACCUGGGCGCAACGCAUGAUAUGGAUGGUGGCCGAAGUUGUCAGCUGCUGUUUCGGGAACAGCGAUGCUGAUUGGGAGCACUUGAAAGCGAAGAUUGACAUGUGGGACCUACGGCGGCCAAAGAGUUUCGACCCAAUCCUGUAUCGACCGAAGGAUGUGGAAGCAAAGAGGUGGUAUCCUGAGAUACGACUUGGCCAUCCUUGGCAUGUUACCGGCAUGCAGUACUACUAUAUCGCCCGACUCUUCCUCGCCAUCUACAAACCCAAUGCCCCCAAAGUUGGACUGGGAUACCAACGUCUUCGCCGCACUAUGGACGAAGAGGUCCUCAAGAAUGCAGAGGCGAUCUGUGGGAUAUCACUGGCUACUCCACUGGCGGCGGCUAGAAUCACAACUUGCACUGCGCUUGUUGCGUGCGGGCCAUGGUUCCAUGAUCGGCCUGUAGAGCAACAGGAGCUGAUAUUGCAGCUGCUGAAGAGAGCAGAGGUCGAAAAUGCGCUGCCCACAGCAAGUCUCGUCCAAGGCCUCAAGGAGGAAUGGAAUUGGAUAUAA